AUGGGCUCCUUAAGAUCAUUCAUAAAGACAGUUCGUAAAGCCAAGACGAUUGCUGAUGAACGUGCAGUAAUUCAAAAGGAAUCUGCCGCAAUUAGAACGUCCUUUAGAGAUGUUAGUCUUGACCAAACAACAAGGCGAAUUAAUAUAUCGAAGUUGUUGUACUUGUACAUCAUGGGAGAAAAGACCCAUUUUGGUCAAGUAGAGUGUCUUAAGCUACUUGCAUCGCCCCGGUUUGCUGAUAAACGAUUGGGUUAUCUAGCAUGCAUGUUGAUCUUGGACGAAAAUCAAGAAGUUUUAACAUUGUUGACAAAUUCAUUGGAUAAUGACAUGCAACAUCACAAUGCAUACAUUGUUGGAUUAGCACUUUGCUGUCUCGGAAAUAUCGCGUCUCCAGAAUUAGCUCGUGAUUUGUAUACAAACGUUGAAACCAUAAUCGACUCCAAAAAUAAUUUUUUGAGAAAGAAGGCGUGUCUUGUUGCAGCCAAAUUAGUAGAGAAGGAACCCGAUUUGUCGGAGUUUUUCUUGCCAAAAGCAUUGGAUUUGAUCAAUGAAAAAAAUUCAUCAGUGUUGUUGGGUACUUUGCGUUUGAUUGAAGCUUUGUAUUAUAUGUCGGAUGAGAAUAGACCAGAAUUAGCAAAGGCUAUUCCUAAAAUUGUUGGUCAUUUAAAACGAGUAACAACGAUGGGAUAUCAGCCAGAUUAUGACGUUAUGGGUACAACCGAUCCAUUUUUACAAGUUAGCUUAUUGUCGGCGAUAAGAACAUUGGCUAUUGAUUUACCAUUUUCAGAAGAGAUUAACGAUAUCUUGACUCAGGUUGUGUCAAAUUUGGACAGUGGUAAAAAUGCUGCCAAUGCCAUUUUGUAUGAAUGUGUCAAGACCAUUUUUGCUAUUAAAUCUGAUCAGUCGUUGAAGAUUUUGGGAGUCAAUAUUUUGGGUAAAUUCCUCGCAACAAAGGAUAAUAAUACUAGAUAUGUCGCUUUGGAUACGUUAUUGACCAUCGUGAAUAUCGAACCAUUGGCAGUUCAAAGACACAGAUCAACAAUUGUCAACUGUCUAACUGAUGGAGAUAUUUCCAUCAAAAGAAGAGCUUUGGAAUUAUCAUUUGGUAUAAUAAAUGAACAAAAUAUCAGAGUAUUGGCUAGAGAGAUUUUAACGUUUUUGGAGGAGUGUUCUGAUCAAGAGUUGAAAUCGUAUGUUACCUCACAAUUGACUAUUGCUGCCAACAAGUACUCGCCUAACGAUAAAUGGCAUUAUGAUACUUUGAUAAGGACGCUUAAAGCUGGAGGCAAUGCAUUGACACCCGAUAUCAUCUCCAAUAUACUUGCAUUAAUUUUACAAUGUAAUGACCAAGAAUUGAAAAAACAUGUUGUUCUAAAGUUGUUCUCCUCAUGUUUGGAGGAUGAAAACCAGUUUGGAUUGGCAUUGGUUACCACAUGGACUUUGGGUGAAUAUGGUGAUUUGAUAUUAGGUUCCCUGGUUGAGCUGGGUGGGAAUUCGGAACAAGUUACUGAGGGAAGAAUCGUUGACUUGUUUGACGAAUUGCUCGAUAAUUCAACAUACUCAACGCAAGAGCAUGUACAGUUAGUUGCUUAUGUAUUAACGUCAACUUUGAAGUUGUCGGUGAAGUUCAAAAAUGCACAAGUGAUUGAACGAUUAAGGCGAAUAAUCAACUCAAAAACAUAUGACUCAAAUUUGGAGAUUCAAAUUAGAGCAGUUGAAUAUCAAGAAAUUUUUGGCCAGGAUGCUGCUUUAAAACGUGGUUUACUUGCUAAAAUGCCUGCACCGCCUGUAAAGGAGCGUGAAUCAUUGAAGUUACACAAGACAAGUAAUAAAAAGAAUGAAGGUGGUACUGGUGCUGUCUCUGCUGGUAUUUCAUCAAACACCACUCAAGAUGAUUUAUUGUUGGAUUUGAUUGACACUGGUGAUGCACCAGGGACAGCCAAUAAUGAUAUACUAUCAGAUAUAUUUGGUGACAGCAAACCCAAGAGUCAAGUCGUCCCCGAUGCGGGAGACGUUGUUGCAUUUGAGAAUACAAAUGUAAAAGUAUCUUUUGUUCCAAAACGAUUUGUCACUGGUGAUGCCACAGUAGAGGCAAUAAUCACGUCCAAAACACCAACAAAGAUUGAUCAAUUUCAACUAUUAAUAGCUGUACCCAAGACUCAAAAAUUGAACAUCACAUCAACCUCUGGUGGUGACACUUUGAUCUACCAACAAAAUCAAAUACGCCAAGUGUUGAAAGUCUCGGGUCAACCAGGCGCUAAAUUGAAGCUCAGAAUCAAGCUCAAGUAUAGGCUUGACGAAGGUGGUCUAAUUGAAGACCAAUUUGAUUUUGCUGGAUUUAAAGAGACGUUAUAG